AUUUUUUAUGCCGUUGCCUUCAAAAUCGAAAAAACCGAAAAAGUCACCACUCACCACUCCAGAAACCGAAAUAUCACCACCACUACCACUUUCUUCAGUCAAAUGCCGAUUCAACAACACCAGUGAUUCAUUCAAAUCUAGCAAACACCAAUCUCAACAAGUUCUGCAACAGGUACGAAUCCGUAUACACAUUCAAGCUAAGCAUUUCAAACACCGUCCCAAUGUCAUCUUGUUCAAUUGAAAACCAAAACCCUAACCACCCCUCACCACUACAUUCAACAAAUCGCUGGUUGAACAACGAUUUAGCUCUCAAUCACGUCAUCUGUACCGCCCUUCGCCGCCGUUCCUUACCCAACAACCACCAACAAACUCCACCAGCAACCGCCGCUACCAAAACCCUAGCUUAUGAUUCCCCCAAAACUAUUGUACCUAAAGAUUUCACCUCACUCAUAUCCGAUGAGAUCCUUAUUCGCAUCCUCUCGAAACUUCCGGAAAAGUCACAGAGGAACUCGAAUUCUUUGGUGUCGAAACGGUGGUUGAAUCUGCAAGGGCGGUUGGUAAGAUCAGUUAGGGUUUUAGAUUGGGAUUUUUUAAUAUCCGGACGGAUGUUUUUUCGAUUUCCUAAUGUUACACAUGUUGAUUUAGUUCAUGGAACCCUGGUUUGUAAUAGUAGUAGUAAUUCAAAUUAUGGCAUGCUGGUAAAUCAUGAAAUUGGAUCGUUUCGCAUAGGACCGGAUGAAUACUUACAAGACGACUGUGUUUUAUUGCCUGUAGAUGAAGUUGAUUUCGGUUUGAAGGUUUUAGCUAGUGUGUACCCGAAUUUGAUUCAACUAGUGGUUGUGAACUGUAGUGAAAUUGGGUUAUUAAGUGUUGCGGAAGAAUGUCUUGCGAUGCAAGAGCUGGUUUUGCAUCAGUGUAAUGAUAACGUGUUAGUUGGGAUAGCGGCGUUUUCGGAUUUGAAGAUAUUGAAGCUAGUUGGUGUUGUUGACGGGUUUUAUAAAUCGUUGGUUUCUGACCGAGGGUUGACUAUUUUGGCGCAAGGUUGUAAGCGGUUGGUGAAGCUUGAGCUUCAAGGAUGCGAGGGUGGUUACGAGGGUAUUAAAGCGGUCGGUGAGUGUUGUCAAAUGCUUGAAGAGUUGAUGUUUUGUGAUCAUAGGAUGGAUGACGGGUGGUUGUCGGCUCUUUCUUAUUGUGAGAGUUUGAGAACUUUGAAGUUUGUUUCGUGUAAGGGGAUUGAUCGAUGUUGUGAGCUUGAUGAGCAUUUAGGGUUUUGCCCGAUGCUUGAAAGAUUGCAUUUGGAGAGGUGUCAGUUAAGAGAUAAACAGACUGUACGCGCUUUGUUUCUUGUGUGUCAAACUGUUGAGGAAGUUGUUUUCAAGAAUUGUUGGGGAUUCAAUGAUGCCAUUUUCUUCAAUGCAAGUCUAUGCAGGAGGGUGAAAUUGGUGUCAAUAGAAGGAUGCUCAAGGCUAACGACACAGGGUUUAGAAGCUGUAGUUCUUUCAUGGAAGGAACUUGAAAGCCUCAAAGUGAUAUCAUGUAAAAACAUUAAGGAUGAUGAUGUCACUCCUAUGUUAUCUGUUCUAUUCUCUGAUCUUAAAGACUUCAAAUGGUGCCCGGGUAAUUCGUCUUAUCUGUCAACAAGACUCGCGUCAUCUAAUAUGGGAAAACGCGGGGCUAAAUUCUUCAAAAAGUUUCAAAUUUAAACAUUUGAAACUUUGAAUUUAAGUUUCUUUAAGAUGCGGCAAUUUUGGCUUCUGCUUGUUUAUACUAUUGAUUGUUAAACAACUUUCAAAUUUGGACGUUUGAAACUGCGAAUUUGGAGUUCUACAAGAUGAAGCGGUUUGAGCUUCUCAUUUGAUUAUUACAUUUGAAACUGAGAUAUAAUAUUAUCAAAUGUACCAGUGCUGUUAUAGCACACACCCUGUAUUCAUAUGUCAUAUUCAGUUUAAAGGUUUAUCAUGUUUUGUGCUUA